AUGGCUUUCACGUUUUGGCUGGUUGGCAGUUUCGAUCUCGCCGCUGCUCCCAACGCGAUUCGAGACGGAGGCGAAUGCGUCGAGGGGAAGAACUGCCACUCCGCCAUUCGGCCACGAGUACCAGUGGAUGACUUUCACGGCAAGUUGGACCUCGCCUAA